GCGAGUGAGCAGAAACUGCCAGUACUGACGAGUGAAGCCGGUAGCGAGAGUCAUGCCACUCCACAGAACCACGGAGAGGGCCAGAGUUAUUCUCCGGUUCACCCAUCUGCUGCUGGCCAGGAUCCCAAUGGGGAUGGUUACCAGCGUGAAGAUGAACGUGAAUAGCGGUCCUGCUAGGAGCUCGUAUUUAAGACCCAGUGGAGUGUGGUCCCAGACACAGUCCACUGCAUCCUCACUCUCUUCGCAACUAUAGGGAGGUGAGAGAAAGGAGCUCUGGAGGACUGAGCUAGCAAGUUUGCUUGUCUAGCAACAAUGUGAUCUCUUUUCGCACAGGAGCUGUCGCAGGAUCCCGAGCUGGAGACGUUGGUCUUGUUGGUCGUGCAGGAAAAGUCCCCGAAGUGCAGCGCCUUUACAACGGCGUCGCCUGUCGCCCCCAGAAGAAAGCGAUCAUUCUGGUUCAGCGUGAAGACCAGCAUCAGAACGACGAGCACGUACAGUGCGUAGGGCCUCGUUCCUUUCAGAAACGGCAGAAUGGUAGCGGGACGGAUCGCCAUCGUCCGGAGCUCUGGACCAUGGAGUGUGCAACUGGUCAGCAGGUGCCCCCGUCGCCGAAGGUGCAAUCAAGGAAAGGGGUGGAGCUCGCAUGUGGAAAAUGUCCGAGCAUGCGCAGUAGCUCACCCACGUGCACAUGUUUGCAAGUUGCAGCAUGACGACGUCAACGGAGCAUUUUGCAUGCAGCACGCACGUACGCGGACGUAGGGCACGUCUUCUUCUCCUGGGAGUGAGCUAGCCAACAUGUCGAAGAAGUCGCCGUGGGUCCGCGCCAAGAGCAGCAGCCACCCGGGCCGCUACUACUACUUCAACAGGGAGACGAGAGCUAGCACGUGGGAUCCGCCGCCCGGGUUCGACGGAACAGUAAUCCCCUCCCUCCCGCGGAAGGAGCGAGUCAACAAAAACCGAGGCGGUGAAGUAGCUGAUGUGAGGAGCAGCGAGCAGCCGCUGCAGGAUGCCUGGAGCCAGCCGGCGCCGACCGCAGACGAAAACGGGUCUGCAGGCGGCAAGAAGAACCUCCAGAAGGCCAACAAAGAACACGGAGUCGGCAGCGUAACGACGGUCUCCGGGCGAAACAGAACUACAGAGAAACGCACUUGGGUGAAGCAAGCAGCUGCCAAGGAAGCCAUGGAUAGAGCUACUGACAUGGAGGAGGCGAUGGAAGUUGAGAGGUGGGGAGAAGAAGAAGAAGUCGCCAUGGACAUCGAUGUCUCUCAGGAGGACAUUGCCGAGAUGAAGCUUGUUCGCAGCUCCCCCUCUGCCCCCUGUCAGUUCCACAUCGAGUCUUUCGGCAUCCCUGCAGACUAUGCCAAUGAUUACAGCGACAAGCUGUACCUGGUUCUGGACACCAAUGUUCUCCUAUCUCACCUCAACUUCCUUGAGGAGCUGAAGGACUAUGCAAUCAAAGGUGUUGGAAAGCCGGUGCUGGUCAUACCGUGGAUAGUAAUGCAAGAACUGGACAAACACAAGUCGAGGGGCAACGACCGUCUGGCGGGGAAAGCCAGAAAAGCCAUUCGCCUCCUGUUCUCCUGUUUCACCAGCAACCAUCAUCGAGUUCGCUGCCAGACAAUGGAAGAGACCCAGACAGAGGUAAACAAUGUGUCCAUAGCCAACAACGACGACAGAAUUCUCCACUGCUGUCUGCUCUACCAGACAAAGACCCAAGGGCACAGUGGGAUUGUGGUGCUUUUCAGCAACGACAUUAACCUCUGCAGCAAGGCAUUGGGGAAUGGAGUGAAGGCUGCCGACCGAACUGUAUGCAAACUAACACCAUAUUUCCUUAUUUCUUGUCCUCCUCCCCUCCUCCUCCUCUUCUUCCUUGCAGACCCUCUUCAAGGAGCUGAGAGCUCUAGUCCAAGCCCCGCCCCAAGCCCCGCCCCCUACAGCCACAAAACCUCCAUCCAAGCGUGUACCGCUCACCCUGAACAUACCACCAGCGGGAAGCUCCGCCCCUGGCCACGCCCUGGUGCUGUGCACAUGGCCUCUCCUCCUCUUACUCCCUUCACUCCAUAUACUCCAUACACUCCAGUAUCUGCUCUACCACUGCAGCAAGCUGGUGGCAUGAUUCCAGGUUCAACUGGACUUAGAAGAAGCAAAGAAGUACGUAUCUUUUGGAGCCUCUCUCCUCUCCCUCCCUCCCUCUCUCUUCCUAAUACCCCUCCCAUCAGUGAUGUGUUCUCACUAGUGUGAGAGUGUGUGUUGGUGUGUUUUGGCAGGUCAGCGAGCUCACAGCGGAAGUGGAGUCGGUCAUGCACGAGGCGCUCUCCAUCCCUCUCAAACAGGAGAUGAUGAACGCAUUCGACCAUCUGUGGUCGACAAUGGUGGCUAAGAAACCUCCAUGGUCUCUCAAGGACCAGCUCUUUCUCAUUGACAAACACUGGAUAGCUGUGUACGGACAAGUCCUGCAGCAGCACGUGAGAGGUGUCAGCACCCAACUCUUACACACUCUCAGAAACAGACCAGGUGUGAUGACAGUGGACGAGGCUGUGGUGUUUGCCAGAAGAUCCAUGUCUCUCGUCCAGGGCUUCAGCGGCUGCA